AUGGAAGAAUGCCUUGAUUUGGUCGUCAAUUCCGCGGGCGCUGGGUUCACGGUGGGUGUAAUCGCCGGAUCCCCCUACCACUUCUUCAAGUCCCUUUGCAUCUCUCCAACCCAUAUCGCUACAGCUUACAACGUCGUUCGCCUCAAUGCACCCCGCGUCGGGGGCAAGGUUGCCGCCUGGUCUGCCCUCUGCAAGGCCUCCAAAAACGCCUUGGUUUCUGUUCGUCAGAAGGACGACGGCUGGAACCGCAUAUUUUCCAGGGCCAUCGGCACCGGGCUGCUCUCCGUGUCCCGCCGCAGUCUCAGAGCCUCCGCACGCUUCACCAUGUGUGGUGCUCUCUUCGGCACAGUAGUAGAGGUCAGCUCAAUCAUGUGGGACAAGUUCUCGACCCCACGCUUUGACUGA